AGUACAAAGUAAAAAAAAAAAAGCAUGUGAUGAGGGGUCGAAAUCCCAGAAACAUCCUUCGAGAAGGCACAAGCUCUUCGCCGGCUAAACCCCACGGAAAUCCCCUUUCGCUCUCUCGGUUUCCUCCGCCUGCCCUCUCUGCAGCCGGCAACUGCACCACCGCAGGUUCCACCAUGGACAUCGCCAGCGAGGCCGCUGCUCGCCGCGCGGCCAGGGCCAGCUGCUUCUUCGAGGUCGGCAGGCGCGAGAUCGGCUCCUACACCCCACGCGCCUCCUCGCGCCGAAUCAGCGGCUCCGAGAGCCUAAUGAUGAGGAUGCAUCAGUAUGGAAAGUUGCGAGGCCAUGAUGGUUGUGUUAAUACUGUAAGCUUCAAUCCUGCUGGUAACCUCCUUGUGUCUGGUUCGGAUGACAUGGACAUCAUAUUAUGGGAUUGGCUUGCUAAAAGCAAAAGACUCGUUUACCCUUCUGGCCAUCAAGAAAAUGUUUUCCAUGCUCGUGUGAUGCCAUUUACAGAUGACAACACCAUUGUAACUGUUGCUGCUGAUGGUCAGGUUAGAGUGGGACAACUGAAGGAGGGUGAUGAAGUCACAACCAAACAAAUUGGGGCACAUGAUGAUCGUGUGCAUAGGUUGGCCAUUGAACCGGGAAGUCCUUGCAUAUUUUACACUUGUGGAGAAGAUGGUUUGGUUCAGCAUUUCGACUUGCGGAAUGAUUCACCAACAAAGCUUUUCACCUGCUAUUCAUUCUCAAAUAGCAGACGUCGUGUAAGGCUCAAUACCAUUGCCACUGAUCCGUGGAACCCUAAUUAUCUUUCGAUUGGUGGUUCUGAUGAGUAUGUACGGCUAUAUGAUAUGAGGAGAAUCCAGUUGGGUGCUUCAAGUAACAUGAACCAACCUUUAGAUACCUUCUGCCCUAAGCAUCUUAUUAUGACUGGGAAGGUUCACAUAACUGGUAUUGCAUACUCCUACGCAAGGGAGAUACUUGUCUCUUACAAUGAUGAGCAUGUCUAUUUAUUCCAAAACAAUAUAGGUCUUGGUCCAAAUCCUGAAUCAGCGCAAGCAGAGUUCUUGGACAGGCUCGAUCAGCCACAGGUAUACAAAGGCCAUAGGAAUUUCCGAACUGUUAAGGGAGUCAGUUUUUUUGGACCAAACGAUGAAUAUGUCUUGAGUGGAUCAGAUUGUGGGAAUGUAUUUGUAUGGAGAAAGAAGGGAGGUGAACUGUUGAGGAUGAUGCAUGGUGACAAAAGUGUAGUUAAUUGCAUCGAACCCCACCCACAUUUUCCAUUCCUAGCUACUAGUGGGAUUGACAAAACCGUCAAGAUUUGGACACCUGCAGCAAACAAAGUGACGUCGCUGCCUAAAAAUGCAAAGCAAAUAAUAGCUUCCAACGAGCGGGGGAGACAAAUUGAUGCAUCACGGCCGGAGCUGACGCUUUCAUCUGACCUCAUUAUGCAUGUUUUGAGGUUACAGAGGAGACGGUCUGAUUUGUACAGGGAGCAUGAACCAGCUGAUGCAGAUUUGCCAAGUGAUGAUGAUGAGUCUUUCUUCAUUGGUUUUGAUGAUGCCAAUAGGAAUCAAAGAUCUAACUCUGAUCCGAGGGAAUGCAUUGUGACAUGAGCUAUAUGGACUGAAGAUUCACAACCUUGCCAUAUGUUCAUUUAGGAGAAACUUAUAUUUUUGCAUGCUCUGACGUACCAUGCUGUGCUGCAGAAGUGCAGAUGCAGGACAUAUCAAACAAUGCAACAGGAGGAACACGGAUACUUAUAAUACGUGCCGGCAAGAUUAAACGGUAAGAAUGGAGCAACCUGCCCGUUGUCUAUUUUAUUGUAAAACCAGGAGUGCUACUGGAUGUGUCCAUCUCGUAUACUAGUGAAAACAAUCGCUUUCCUUGGCAAGGAAAUGCACAUGUAAUUAUGUACUACUGUCUUUGGUAAUUAAUACGGCGAUGCUUACCGUGCAACAUGCACAGGGGCUUCCCUUAGGCGCGGAAAUCAGCUCUCUCCAUUGUC